AUGGCCAUUUCCGACAAUCAGCAACGAUUUCAUGAGCACCGCACCUACGCGCCUGUCAAACAGUUUCUACGGGUGGAUAAAGACAAGGUACAAAUCUACAACCCAGCAUUCUUCAAGUAUAUCCAUGACAAGUGGACAGAGCAUCAUGGGAGAUAUCCAUCAACGGGAAUGCUGGUCCUGUUUUUUGCUCUCCACAUCUGUGAUGAGGUGAAUGUGUAUGGAUUUGGUGCUGAUAGCAGAGGGAAUUGGCACCACUACUGGGAGAACAACAGAUAUGCUGGAGAAUUUCGAAAGACUGGAGUGCACGAUGCAGAUUUUGAGGCAAAGAUAAUAAAUUUACUCGAAGAAGCUGGAAAAAUCAAAGUUUUCCGAGGAAACUGAAGAAAAAAAGCCUAAUUAUGCAGUUGAAUUUUAGUUUUAAAAGAGAAGGGGGUAUGGACUUCACAACAACUUGCCUGUUUCUUCUCGCCACGUGGAGAUGUGACAGAAUUACCCCGUAAUUACAUAACGGACAUUUUUAAAAAAUCAAAAUCAAGCAGAAUUCUGGAAUAGAAAAGACAGAACAGCUGCUAAUUUAGUAUUAUCUUCAAACCUUCACCAAAUCAUUUCAUUGGAUCAUUCCAAGAUGGCUGACCAGCACCCUGGUGGCUGAUGGGUAGAUAGCUCAACUCACAUUGGGCAAAUUUAGAUUUUUCCAAGGACAAUUUUAAUAUUUGAAUUGUGGAGUCAAGUCAGGAACGUAUGCGAUGACUAUAUUACCCACAUAUAGGGUAAUGAUAGGGUCUGGGGAUAAAGGGGAAGGUAUGCAUGUUUUGAAGAGAGUUCUGUCUUUUGGUUAACCUGCUGUUGGAAUUGUUUCAUCAGAAAGUUACUGAAGCCACUUUUUACUGAGAUUCAGACAAGUGGAGCUUGUCACUUGGAGGCAAGACCAGUGUGCGUUAGAAUGCAACCAGAAGCAAACCAGUUUGAGUCUCGUUUGAUAAGGAAACGUGUGAUACCAGAUUCAUCUGCUCGGAGUUUGGUGUCUAAGAGGGGAUAGACGUUUAGAAAACAGCACUGCAGAGAGACGAGGUGCAAGUCUAUUUUAACAUUGUUUUCCCAGGAUCCCUUAACCAUAAUGAUGCCAUCUUGGUUGUUACCUAGUAACCCUCUAAUAUACAGUUCCAGAAAUGGAAUUUUUAUAUUAUGUUUACUUUCCUGUGACUUUGGGUUAGCGUUAAGUUUGAGGCUUGAUUUCUGCCUCCACAAGAUUUGCAAUAUAACAAAAGAUCUGAGCCCAGCGACACAAGCCUCACAGUAGUAAUUGGAGAUUGAUGCAGAGAGUCCUGGCUGUAGACAGGUCCCAAGAGCUGGAGAGCUGAUUGGCAGCUUCCUUUAGUAACACUGGGAGCAACACGGUUCGUGAGGGCUGGGCAUACACCUGUCUCUAAAAUGCUUCUAUCAAUUGCAGGCAGUGGCCCUGAGAUUCGCAAUCUGAAAAUCGGGGGCCACCCAAAAAGGACAAAGAUCCAUAAGACUGAACCCCAUCCCCUGUUCCUCUUUGCAGAUGUGACUCAGACAGAGCAAAGGGUACACGUGGAGGGAGCAUUAUCUCCAACCCAAAUAUUAAACCACUUGAACUUUCCAGUCAGACAUAUGAAAAGCAGGUAGAACAUUACCGUCUCCAAAGCACAAGGAAAGCAGUAUUAUAGCUGUCACAUAGGCUUCCUGUGUCUCUUUAAAAAAUCAAACAUUAAGGAACUACUGUAGAAUUUUUAUUUGUUUUCCCCAUUGAAUAAUAAAACACAAAAUCCAUUCUUCCUCGAUUACUAACUUGAAGAAGCAAUGGCAGACAAAAA